UCACGUUCAAGGGGAGUACAGCUGAUUUUGAUAAACAAAUAUGUUUGAUGGAUGCAAUGGAUUUUGCUCUCAGACGCAGCGAUUGUCAACCAAAAAGCAAGGAAAAACUACAUCAACUAUUGAGGCACAGAAAGGAAGAAUGUUCUGAUCCGUGUACCUUUGAAUUAAAGUAUAUCGGCCACUAUUGUUAUUCAGGUGUCCUGCUGUACCUGCAAAAUGUUGAUAUUCAAUUCAUAGUUGAUAGAAUACCGAUAUCAUACAAAAAGAAAACAUGUGAGGGUGAUGGCCAUAAAUGCAUGUACGAUUUGAAGUUGGUCUGUCGCAAAUCAUACGUAAAAGAAAACUCGAGCAUCGGUUCACUAUGUUUAAGAGAUAACCACUGCUCUUCAGAACUCAAGCUUCAAUGUUAUUAUAAAGCGAAACCAAUCACCUCACCGUAUGGUUUCUGCGAAUCCAAAACAGGAUUUAAGGAGCAAAACCAGAUUUGUGUAACAGCAUCAGAGAAGUCAGGGGGCCAACAUACAACACUAUCUAUUUUUGGUGGUAUUGUCAUCGGCAUAGCACUAACAAUCAUCGUAGUACUGGUAAUGUGGAAGAAGGGACUUUGGAAAUAUAUUGACAGACAAGGAAAGAUCAACGAUGUCAGUGUUACAAAUGCUUUAUAUAAAGUUGAUUCUGUGCCAAGAGCAGAGGAAGCAAAACCGUGUGAAGAGAGAGACUUUUACAAUUCAAUAAACGAUUAUGAAUAUGGAGAACCUCAACAGCAUACCAAAGAACAGGAAGAACAUCAGAGGCCAAGUGAAGAAGAGAGGUCCUACAAUCAUCUCUUUGAAAAUGAACAGAAAACACGUGAAAAUUAUCAGGAGUAUGAAUUUCCUUAUGAUGACAAUUAUAAAGAUGUAUAAAGAUUCUGCAGUGAAUCUGCGAGAAACCUCGAAACGGAAGAGUAUUUUACCUUGGAGAAAACAUAGAUUGAUAGCAUGCAACAAU